AUGGCAGCUUUUCAGAAUGAAGACGUCAACCGAAUGAUACAGCAGGAUUGGGCGAAUCGAGAGUACAUUGAAAUUAUUACUGGCAGCAUCAAGAAGAUUGCCGAUUUCUUAAAUUCAUUUGAUCGGUCUUGUCGAGGACGUUUGGCACUGCUCAACGAAAAGUUGACGACUCUCGAGAGAACAAUCGAGUAUUUAGAAGCAAAGGUUUCCAAAGGAGAACUCAAUGGAAUCAUCAGUCAGCCUAAUUCAACGACAGCAGCAAUGACCAGUAUUUCAAACAUGCAGCCUAAACCAGAGUAA